GUAAUGUUUAUUUUUCAUUUUUAAAUAAAAACAAUCCCUUUUUUUUAAAGGUUUAAUAUUUGAGACUGAAUUAGCAUCUGGCGAUGAAAGACCUUUCUUUCAAAGCAGUCCUGAGCAAUAUUGGAAGCAAGUUUUUGAUAUUGGUGCAAGCAAUAUUAUCAGCUCAGAUUCAAAGAUUAUAACUGGCUUAGUUUUUCACAAAAUUUCUGCUGAUAACUAUUUUGUAUUAGCCACAACACCGAGCCGUCUUUUACAAUUCAUGGGCAGUGCUAAUGUUGGAGAUCCCCCUAUACUGCAGAAUGUUUUUAAUUAUUAUAAAGAUGUACCUGAAAGCUAUAUUGAACUUCCUGGAGAUUUACAGUAUAGCAAACUUCAGUUACAUUAUCCAAAUUCAAAAGCCUUACCAAAAUCGUUUGCUUGGAUGACAGAACCUGGUGUUAUGUAUGGAAAUAUAAAUUAUUCAGCAAAACCUCCUCAGAAUUUAAUCAUCAACAAAAAACUUCUUUCAUAUCCUGAUGACAAAGGGGAAACAAAAACACCAUUAUCUAUUGUUCUUACAGAAUUUCAUGUUCUUGUAUUAUUUUGUGAUAGAUUAAAAGUAAUAUGUGUUUUAAAUGAACAGCUAGUAUUUGAGGACUUCUUCUCUGAGACAUAUGGUUCUUUAAAAGGCAUUCUUAAAGAUCCUGAAAAAGGUACAAUAUGGGCAUUCUCUGACAUGGCAAUUUAUAGAUACAGAAUAUAUAGAGAAGACAGAUUUAUCUGGGAAGUUUAUUUAGACAAAAAUGAAUAUGAUCUUGCCAAGGAGUAUUGCAAGGGAGAUCCUGUAAAAAUUGAUAAAGUUAUGUCUAAACAAGCUGAUGAUCUUUUCAAGAAAGAGAAAUAUGAAGAAAGUGCAGUAAUAUAUGCUCAAACACACAGCUCAUUUGAAGAAAUUGCUUUAAAAUUUUUAGUGGCUGAACAGGAGGCAGCUUUACGUAAAUUUCUGCUGAAAAAGCUAGCAGGUCUUCGAUCACAAGACAAAACCCAAAUAACCAUGAUUGUUAUGUGGCUGCUGGAAAUAUUUCUAAAUGAACUCGGUGUUUUGAGAACAGCUGGAAAGCAAACAACACAAGAAUAUGUGAAUUUACAAAAAGAAUUUAGGUCUUUGCUGAAAGAAUCCAGAAUAAAGGAUUGUGUGUCUAAUAACAGGAGUGCUGUUUACAGUUUAAUGUCCAGUCAUGGUGAUGAAGAAAAUUUAAUAUAUUUCACUAAUCUUAUGAAAGAUUUUGAAAAAGUAAUACAGUAUCACCUACAGCAUAAAAAUUACAGAGCAGCAUUAGGAGUUCUUAAUGAGCAUAGCCGUCCAGAAUUAUUUUAUCAAUUUUCUCCUGCUUUAAUGCAAACUAAUCCCAAAGAAAUUGUUGAUGCUUGGAUAGCCCAAGACUAUAGGUUAAAUCCUGUCCAGUUAAUUCCAGCUUUAGUUCAGUAUGAUAGCAGUAAAGAUCCUAGACAGGGAAGUGAAGCUAUAAGGUAUUUGGAGUAUUGUGUUAAUAAAAUGAGAGUGAAGGAUCAAGCCAUACAUAAUUAUCUACUAACACUUUAUGCAAGACUUCAAGAAAAAGAUAAACUCAUGACAUAUUUACAGCAGCAGGAUGAAAUUGAUGUUCCAUAUGAUCAGAAAUAUGCAUUGCGUCUAUGCUCUGAGCUUCAGGGAUUUGAACGAGCAUGUGUCCACAUAUACACAACAAUGGGGCUUUAUGAAGAAGCUGUAGAUUUAGCACUUAAGGUUGAUGUUGAGUUAGGAAAGCAGAAUGCCUGUCGUCCAGAAGAUAAUGAUGAUUUAAAGAAAAAACUUUGGUUAAAAAUUGCAAAACAUGUGGUGAAAGAGAAAAAUGAUAUAAAAAGAGCUAUGGAGUUUCUUCAGGAAUGCGAUUUAAUAAAGAUUGAAGAUAUUUUACCCUUUUUCCCAGAUUUUGUGACGAUAGAUCAUUUCAAGGAUGCUAUAUGUUCUUCCCUGCAAGAAUAUAAUCAACAUAUUGAAGGUUUGAAGGAAGAAAUGGAAGUUGCAACUCAGAAUACUCAGGAAAUCAGAGCUGAAACUCAAACAUUUAGAAACAAGUUUUCUGUGGUCACUGCACAAGAAAAAUGUGCUUCUUGUAAUUAUCCUAUAAUGGGCCGUUCAUUUUACUUAUUUCCUUGCAAGCAUGUUUUUCAUUCAGUUUGUAUGAUAGCUGAGGUUUUACCUCAUCUUUCACCCACAAAGCAGAAUCGUGUAUCUGAAAUUCAGAGGCAGUUGUCUGCUUUUGUUGGACAGGAAGAUUCAGUGUCAAUUUCUUCUACGUCUUUGAUGUCAGCAGCUGUUAGUACCAAAGACAGGCUAAAUGCGGAAUUGGAUGAUCUUGUGGCGUCUGAAUGUUUAUACUGUGGAGAUAUAAUGAUAAGAUCAAUUGAUGUUCCUUUCCUGAAUAUGUCUGAGUAUUCUUCAGUAUUACAAAGCUGGGAAUAAUUAUACAUAAAUAAAUAAAAAUAAGAAAACACAGUGAGAGAAGAGAUACUUAUAAGGAAAGUUGUAUAUUGUAUAUUAAAAAACAUGCAGAAAGUCAAUUUUCUGUAUUUGUCUACUAUCAUUCCUCAGUGUAAAUAAGAGAACUGUGAUUUUUUAUUAAAUGAUCUUCCAGUUGUUUUAGUUUU